AUGCCCCAGCCCACGGUGGACUACUCCCUGUACCUGGUCACGGACUCAACCCCCGCGAUCCUCGGCGACCGCGACCUCGCCUCCGUCGUCGCGGCCGCCGUCCGGGGCGGCGUCACCGUCGUGCAGUACCGCGACAAGACGAGCGACACGGGCGCCCUCGUCGCCAACGCUAAGAAGCUGCACGAAAUCACCCGCGCCGCCGGCGUGCCGCUGCUCAUUAACGACCGCGUCGACGUCGCCCUGGCGGUCGGGUGCGAGGGCGUGCACAUUGGGCAGGAUGACAUGGAACUCACCGCCGCCAGAAAGAUCCUCGGCCCGGAUGCCGUCAUCGGCGUCACGGCCAGCACUGUCGAGGAGGCCCUCAAGGCGUGUGAGGACGGCGCGGACUACCUAGGCAUCGGCACAGUCUUUGCAACAUCCACCAAGGAGAACACAAAACACAUCAUCGGCACGGCGGGCCUGCGCCAGAUCCUCGCCGAGCUCGCCUCGGCCGGCCACCUCCCCCGCGUCAAGACCGUCUGCAUCGGCGGCAUCAAGCCCUCCAACAUCCAGCGCGUCCUCUACCAGUCCGCCCCUUCGCCGCCCGCGGGCCCGGCCCUCGACGGCGUCGCCCUCGUCAGCGCCAUCGUCGCCGCGCCCGACCCGGAAGCCGAGUCCCGCCGCCUGCUCGACCUCGUCAGGACCAGCCCCUCGUACCGGCAGAAUGUCUCGCCGUCCUCCGCCGCCGGCCCCCUGAGGACCGUCGACGACAUCCUCGACCGCGUCCCCGCCGUGAUCAAGGCCGUCGCCUCCGCCUCCCCGCUCUCCCACAACAUGACUAACCUCGUCGUGCAAAACUUCGCCGCAAACGUCGCCCUCGCCGUCGGCGCGUCCCCGAUCAUGGCCAACUACGGCGAGGAGGCCCCCGACCUCGCCCGCCUCGGCGGCAGCCUCGUCGUGAACAUGGGCACCGUCACGCCCGACGGCAUCGCCAACUACCUCCAGGCCCUGUCCGCCUACAACGCCGCGCGCCGCCCCGUCGUCUUCGACCCCGUCGGCGCGGGCGCCACGUCCGUCCGCAAGGCUGCCGUCAAGACGAUCCUGGCCGGCGGGUACCUCGACCUCAUCAAGGGCAACGAGGGCGAGGUCGCGACCGUCUACGGGCAGGCGGCGCUGGAGCAGCAGAAGGGCGUAGACUCGAGCUCGACGCUUUCGCAUGCGCAAAAGGCGCGCCUCGUCCGGGACCUCGCAAGGAGGGAGAGGAACGUGGUGCUCAUGACGGGCGUGACGGAUUACGUGUCCGACGGCGAGCGGACGUUCGCCGUGGAGAACGGGCACGAGCUGCUGGGUCAGAUCACGGGGACGGGGUGCGUGCUGGGGACAACGGUGUCGGCCAUGCUGGCGGCGUGGGACGACGACCGGCUCGUUGCCGUCCUGGCGGGUUUGUUGCAUUUCGAGGUUGCCGCCGAGCGGGCCGCCGUCCGGGGGGAUGUGCAGGGCCCCGGGACAUUUGUGCCUGCCUUCAUUGACGAGCUGGCGAGGAUACGGCGGUUGACCGUUGACGGGGACUUGAAGUGGCUGUCUGGGGCCAAGGUGAAGGCCGUCGAUGUCGAGUGA